AUGGCAAAUCCAGCAGCCGUCUCCGCCAACAGCGGUGGCAGCGGCCUCGGUGCACUGUACGCGCUGUUCGACCCCGUGCCGCUCUUUUCCAUCGCCGCCGUCCUGCGCAUCGCGCUGCUCCUCUACGGCAUGUGGCAAGACGCCCACUCGGCCGUCAAGUACACCGACAUUGACUACCUCGUCUUCACCGACGCCGCGCGCUUCGUCGCCGCCGGCGAGAGCCCCUACGCGCGCGACACCUACCGCUACACGCCCCUGCUCGCCUGGCUGCUCGUGCCCACCGCGCACCGCCGCCUCUUCGAGUUUGGCAAGGUCGUCUUUGCGCUCGCCGACCUCGUGGCGGGCUGGCUAGCCGUGCGGCUCCUGCGCGGCAGAGGCCUGACGGCGCGCCGCGCGGGCGCGUUCGCGGCCAUCUGGCUCUGGAACCCCAUGGUCGCCACCAUCAGCACGCGCGGCAGCGCCGAGGGCCUGCUGGGCGUGCUGACUAUGGCGCUGCUGUGGGCGGUGCAGCGCAAGAGGGUGGCGCUCGCGGGCGCGGUGCUGGGGCUGGGCGUGCACUUCAAGAUUUACCCAUUUAUUUAUGCGCCGGCGAUUGUGUGGUGGAUGGACGAGGAGAGGAUGCGUGGUGGUGCUGCUCCGGCCAACGAGACCAAGAAGAGCCCGUCGUUGGUGGAGGCGGCGAUCAACUUCGUGACGGUCGCGCGUGUCAAGCUGGCAGUCGUUAGCCUGUCUACGUUUAUGGCGCUCAAUGUGCUCAUGUACUCGAUCUAUGGGACUCCGUUCCUGGUACACACGUACUUUCAUCAUUUCACUCGUAUUGACCAUCGGCACAACUUCUCACCAUACAACAUGCUUUUGUACAUCAACUCUGCGACACCGGCUGGCUCCGCCCCGGCCGAGUCGCUACACACCGAGUCGCUGGCAUUUGUGCCCCAACUUCUCCUGUCGUGCGUGCUGAUCCCGCUCGUGCUGGCCAAGAGAGACCUUGCCACAUCCAUGAUGGCGCAGACGUUUGCUUUUGUCACCUUCAACAAGGUCUGCACGUCCCAAUAUUUCCUCUGGUACAUGAUCUUUCUGCCGCUUUAUCUCCCCGGCUCAUCUCUGCUGCGGAAACCCAAACUAGGAAUUUCGGCCUUGUUGCUGUGGGUUGUUGCGCAGGGCGCUUGGCUGCAACAGGGCUACGAGCUCGAAUUCCUCGGAAAGAGCACAUUUGUGCCUGGGCUGUGGUUGACUUCACUCGGCUUUUUCUUCGUCAACUGCUGGAUAUUAGGUAUCAUCAUUAGUGAUGGAGCACAAGGGCCUUUGUUUCACGAGAAGACGCAUACGGAGUAG